AUGGAGGCCGUCUGCAAAGGCCGUGCCCUCUUCGAGCACUGUGAAAGGCAAAGGCAGGACGACACGACGGCUGGGACAACCCUUGCAGCAGAUUCUCCAGCCACAGCCGUAGCUGACAAGGAAGCGAAAGCAGAAGAGCACGGAGUCUGUGCGGGACAGGUCCUUUGGUGCAUUAAGCCUAUGCCUAGGCUUGAGCUGUCUGGACACUCGACCUCUCUUUCUGCGACUGAGUGCUCGCCUGUGGACAUGUUGCCGCUCGACUGUGACAGAUGGGUGGGAGAAUCAUGGAACGUCCGGUUUGCAGGCCAAACUGCUCAGCUGCUCAAUGCGAGCUGCAACUGCCAAGUGACGUCUGGCUAG